AUGGGAUUGAAAGAAAUGUUCCAUUUGGCACGGGUGCCCUCCAUCCUCAUGCUCGGGUUAGUUUACAUGACCUAUGUGCUGAUCGGUGGGGUGGUUUUCUGGAAAUUGGAAGGAGACCUUGGAGAGAAGGACAUCAGUGUUUUACUACAGAAUAAAAAAAACCUGCUUAUGACAUACCCCUGUCUGAAUCAAGAAGGCCUGGAUGCAGUGGCUCAGGUUUUGACUGCCGCUUCUAAAGCGGGCUUAAGUUUUAAAAACAACUACACCAAGAGCGGCUUCUGGAAAUACACCAGCUCAGCUGUGUUUGCUGCAACUGUCGUCACAACUAUAGGUUAUGGGAACCUGUGUCCCACCACUUCAGCCGGACAGAUCUUCUGUGUGUUCUUUGCGCUAUUUGGCAUCCCGCUUAACGUGGUGGUGCUCAACAGGGUGGGCAAGUACAUCCUUGUUAUAGGGAGAAACAUCUCCAACUUCUUCGAAGGGAAGACUGAGCGAAAGAAGUGUACCCGCUUUUUUGUCCACCUGGUGUCCUACCUGUCUGGAACAGUUCUCUUUUUCAUUGUGCCCAUGAUUGUGUUCCAACUCCAAGAGGGAUGGACUUACUCGCAGGCACUCUACUACUGCUUCAUUACCCUCAGCACCAUUGGCUUUGGAGAUUUUGUUGCAGACAGUAAUCCAGAUAAAAUGUACCCAGACUGGUACAGCGUCCUCAUGGCCUCGUGGAUCUUCUUCGGCCUGGCUUGGCUGGCCUUGAUUAUCAACCACUCUAUUGACAUCCUGGAGCAGCUCAACAGCCACCUCAAACGGCGUCGACAAAAGCAGGAGGAAGAGUCCAACAGUGCAGAGGGUGCCAACCCUGACACACAGGUCAAGGAGGAAGAUGAUAUCAAGAAGCCUCCAGUAACGCAGUAACCUUCAAAAAAUGAUGAAAAUAGCAGAACCUGCUUAUAAAAUGUUCUGCCUGUAUGUGAAGACCUGUGAAGCAGACAUAAACCAUGCAACGUGGCUAAGUCAUGACAGGAUGUGUGUGUUAUAGGUCCAUUAA